AUGGUUGAGGAUAUGUGGACCAUAAAUCUUCUAUGCGAUGGGGCUGAUAAAGGAGAGAAACGUGUGCAAAAGAAAAUGGAUAGAGAUGAGAUAUGCUACUUCAACUUGAUGGAAAUGUUCGAGCAUUAUGGGUACACAUCAGUUGACUAUAUAUACUACAGAAGAAAAGAUGGCCUUGUUGCAAUAGAACAAGAUCCUCAGAUCAUGGAAAUGCUUGAGGAGUGUGAGAGCCAAAAGAUGGUUAGCUUGUUUGUGAUAAAGCAAAGACUGGCCACAUUAGCGCCUACCAAUUCCAACAAAGAACCAUCCAAAUCUCAACCAAAUAAAACCAAAGUGAAGGUGCCAGGCGCUCGUGCUUCAGAAGAGCAUAUUGGACAAGAGAGCCAUGGACAAACUAUUGAGGCAUCUGAACUCCAUUCAAGUGCUAGAGGAGAUCAGAUUGAUGGUGAUGGUGAUAUUGAGGUUAAUUUCCACGAUGAAAGUGAAGACAAAGUAAAGCGUGGAAAGACGAAACUGAAAGAUAUUUGGAACCUUCCAAAAGGUCACAGAAUCGUGGUUAGAUGCAAUGAUCUGGAUCAACCAAUUGGAGUUGAGGCUGGGUUUCUUGGAAAAUUUCUUGGCAUGGUUGCUAGGAAUGGUUGCUUGUGUAGCUUGAGCUACAAGGAUUGGAGACUUCUCAUAGGAAAGAAAGAGAAAAACACAGAUGAACAAAAAAAUAAAAAGGAUAUACUUAAGCAAGUGAAGAUGAGAUUCCUGUACCCUUCUCGCAUGGAAAAAUGGAUACUUCGAACCAUUGGAGAGAGAUGGAGGCAACACAAGUCUAAUCUGAAAUCAGAUAUAAGUAAGAAAAACAUAGUAAACUGUACAAAGAAGAAGUCAACACAUACAGCUGGAACAAAGAGUUUUGCUCGAAACAGAGAGGAGUUGGAGGCUUUGAAGGAACUUAUAGAGCAGCAGCCAUGUUUAGCGGAGACUAGUCAAGGAAAGCGCCUUAAGAGUGUAUAUUUGACUUCACUAGAUGAAACAUCAAGUGAAGAUGUAGUGUCUUUGAGACUUGAAAUGGAGAAGCUUGGGCAGCAUGUCCGGAAUCAAGAUGCCACUAUACUACAUCUGCAAAAACAUACCCAACAGGGAUGUUUAGGUGAUCCUGUCUAUGCAUCUAAAGAUGGCUAUUGUGCUGAUGUGCCAAAUAUGAAACGAAUGCGAGUAUAUAGUGACCCUCAAAAUCAAGAUUCUAGCAUGGAUGGACCUCUGAAUGAUACAAUGAAUGAGCAUGCUAACAAUGUGGAGGAUGAUGAUCUACAGCUAGAUUACGAAAACCUUAGUCAUGUACAUAAGAGGCAGAAACUUAUGAUGCAGAGAAAAAUAGAUGUUCUUAGCUCAAAGAAACAGAAGGUGGCUGAGCACUCAUAUGGAACCACAAAUUUGGACUCAUCUACCCCAGCCACAAUAAAUAUUAGCUUACAGAUGGAGCAAGAUGAUUAUGUGGAGAAUGAGGAUCUGCUAGCACAUUACAAAGAUAGUUGUAGUAACGAUAUGGUUAUCUCGAAGGAAACUUAUGCUACUCCCUCAAAUUUUGAAGCAUCUCAGUACCAAAUGAACAAGAUCUCAAAAAGGCCUAGUGCAUCAGUACCUAAGAAUCAUCGUGGCACAACAAGUUUGUCAACUGGCAAUACAAUAAAGGUUGGCACCAAAGUAUACUUACAAAGAUGGAAAAAUCGAAAUAAGAAUGUUGCAAUGGGUAAACUAGUGAGCUGUGAUCCAAAACAGAAACUUGAUGGUGUUCAGCUAGGCAAAGAAUUUUGGAUGGUUUCUGUUAGUUUUGUAAUGGUUGAAGAUGAACCAUUGAUACGACCAUACAAAAACUACAAGGUUAUUAGAGAUGUAGAAGGAGGAGUCCAUGUUGCAUGGCCUUCAACUCUUAUCGAGAAGAUAGAUAUAUGA